AUGGCGUUUACUUAUUCUUUGAAAAACUCCAUUGCUUUAGGGCUUCGUGCCGCGCUCCUCGCCUGGACCUUUUCCCUUUUCAUCUGUUCAUGUGUCGCCUUGGGCAAGUUGGAUUUCUGGGAAAACAGAACGGGUGUUUCCUUGGUGACAAGUCUUCUUGGCUUCAUUUACUACAUCCCCACGGUUCUUCCUGUGGUGGCUCGUCAUUUGUCUCCUGCCACUGCCCUUGCGGGUGAAGUAUGGAUGCUUAUCUGGUGGAUUAUCGCUGUGGGUGUCCUUGGAGACAGGUUUGGCAGCGACUUAACGUGCUCUUAUGCCUAUGGACGUUUCAAGACUGGCUGCCAGGCCGGCAAAGCCGGUCUUGCCUUUGCUGUGUUGGGGUUUGUGUUUUCGCUUGCCACUGUUGCUAUAAUUGGCUUCUUCUCCGUGUACAAGGCAUACAGAGACGGUGGUAAGCUGAGAGUGUUGGAGAGGGGCCUGCUUUCUGCCGGGGCUAUUUUUUUAAGUGAUUCCCUGUCAAGCCAGCCCUCCGGCGGUGCUGCCGGAACUGAAGAUACCGAGGCUGCCGCCGGGGCCUCGAGUGGCCAGGAAGAAGCUGUGGACCACAAGGAUGUCGAGUCGCAGCCAACCGAGCACUCUCCUGUGACAAGUCCUGCGCAGCCUACUGAAGACCCCACGACCAAAUGA